AUGUGGUCUGCAUCUUUCCGCCUCGCCAAAGGCGCUUUUGGUGGUGUCCAAACAAGGGGAUAUGCCUUGAUGCAAUCGAGUGCACCUCUAGGUAAAGCGACGUACAAACCUCGACACCUCAUGUCAAUCAGCGAUCUCACCAGGGAUGAAUUCUCUCAAUUGAUCAGAAAUGCCAGCAGGCGCAAGCAGCAAGUGAAGGAUGGGAGACUUGCUCCCGAUUUCAGGGGCCAGCUGUCGAAUCAGACGGUCGCCAUGAUGUUCAGCAAGCGCAGCACCAGGACUCGAGUCUCUACGGAAUCCGCUGUGGCCAUGAUGGGUGGACAUCCAAUGUUUCUUGGGAAGGACGACAUUCAACUCGGUGUGAACGAGUCCCUUCAUGACACGUCGAAAAUAAUUUCGUCUAUGACCUCCUGCAUGGUAGCCCGAGUCGGCCCUCAUUCGGACGUCACGGAGCUGGCCAAAUACUCUUCCGUCCCCGUCAUCAAUGCCUUGUCUGAUGAUUUCCAUCCGUUGCAGACUAUCGCAGAUUUCCUUACAAUCCACGAGACAGUGACUUUCCCUGACCGUCACCGUGAUGCAGUGAUACCACCAGGCCUCAAAAUAGCAUGGAUUGGAGACGCCAACAACGUGUUAUUCGAUCUGGCCAUCGCCUGUGUAAAGAUGGGCGUCACUAUCUCUGUCGCCACCCCGCCGGGCUACGAAAUCCCCAAAGCAAUGGAGGCGUUGAUCGAGGCACAAGCCAAGGGCGUCGAAUCGCCCGGAAAGUUGGAGCAGACCACAGUUCCUGAGCAAGCUGUUAAGGAUGCCGAUAUUCUGGUCACCGACACUUGGAUCUCCAUGGGCCAAGAGGCUGAAACCAAGAAGCGGCUGAAGGACUUUGAGGGCUUUCAAAUUACAAAGGAGCUUGCUCGGAGGGGCGGCGCGAAGCCCGAUUGGUUAUUCAUGCACUGCCUCCCUCGGCAUCCUGAGGAGGUCGACGACGAGGUGUUCUAUGGCACGCGAUCGGUCGUAUUCCAGGAGGGCGAGAACCGUUUGUGGGCUGCGAUUGCUGCUCUCGAAGCAUUCGUCGUGAACAAGGGCAACAUCGUGUAA